UUUCUGCUCACAGUUAGCCACUUCCAUAUGUGCUGAGGUGUUAAUGCAUCAUGGGAGAAAACAACAAAUGCGAACAGAGUAUCUGCCAGGCACGAGCCGCUGUCAUGGUGUACGACGAUGCCAAUAAGAAGUGGGUCCCAGCUGGAGGGUCCACGGGCUUCAGCAGGGUCCACAUCUACCACCAUACGGGCAACAACGCCUUCCGCGUAGUGGGACGCAAGAUCCAGGAUCACCAGGUGGUGAUAAACUGUGCCAUUCCCAAGGGGCUGAAGUACAACCAGGCUACGCAGACCUUCCACCAGUGGCGGGACGCCCGGCAGGUCUAUGGCCUGAACUUCGGCAGCAAGGAGGACGCCAACGUGUUUGCCAGUGCCAUGAUGCACGCCCUGGAGGUGCUCAACUCCCAGGACUCAGGCCCCACAUUGCCCAGACAGGGCCCCCAGGUUCAGAAUGGCCCCACGCCAGAAGAGAUGGAGCUGCAGAGAAGGCAGCUUCAGGAGCUGCAGAGGCAGAAAGAGAUGGAGCGGGAGCAUCAGGAGCGAGAGCGUCAGGAGAAGGAGCGCCUGGAGCGAGAGAUGCUGGAGCGCGAGCGUCAGGAGCGUGAACGUCAGGAACAGGAACGUCAGGAGCGUGAGGCGCAGGCUGAGCGGGAGCGCCUGGAGCAGCAGGAGCGCAGUGAGCGGGAGCUGCUGGAGAAGGCUGAGAGGGAGCAGCAGGAGCAGUUGGACAGAGAGCAGCAGGACUGGGAGAGAGGGAGACGCAUCUCCAACGCCGCCUUCGAAAGCACCCUGUACACUCCCACGCCUCAGGAGUACAGCAGGACGUCAUCCACACCUUUCUCCCCAUCCACGCCCACCUACCCAGCCCCCGGGACGCCCUCACCCUCCUCCACCACGCCGCCAACCCCGCCUCUAAGGCAUUCGGCUUCCAGAUUCGCCACCUCUCUUGGUUCUGCCUUCCACCCAGUCCUGCCUCACUACGCCACUGUCCCGAGGCGACAGCAAGCCUUCCCCCAAGCCCCUCCUACUGCUCUGGCCCCCGCCCCAUCCCCACCUCCUCCACCCAAGUCUGUGGUGUGGUCAGCGAGCAACUUCACUCCCCUGCCCCCCUCACCCCCUGUCAUGAUAAGCAGUCCCCCAGGGAAAGCUGCCGGUCCGCGGCCGCUCAUCCCCAUUGCAGCACCUUCCCCUCUCACCCAGAAGCCCCCCUCUCCGGCCCCCAACGGCCCGCCCAUGUUCCCUGCACCUUCUCCCGUGACCAUCCUACACAGCCACACCCCUAUCAGCAACGCCUGCCCCACCCCGCCUCCCCCCCUACCCCCCCCUCUCCCCCCCCCAAAGCUCCCCCUCCGUCUUCCUCCUUCGUCUCGUCUUCCCCCUCCUCAUUCCAGGCUCCUGGUGCCCUCUCCCUCCACAGCGCCCCCUGCUGCUGCCGCCGCCGCCACCUCUGCCUCUGCUGAGCACCUCUCCCUCCACGUGGGCCUGGGCCUGUCGGGGCCGGGGGAGCCGGACACAGCUACAGGCCCAGAUGGGGGCUCCUCCUGUCAACCCCCGCCCCAGGGGUUGACCACCCCCACCCCUCCCCCACCUCCACCCCUGCCACCCAGCUCCACUGUGACCUCCAUCCCCUCCACCCAAGUCGGCCACCCUCCCCCUCCCCCACCUCCUCCACUCCCUCCUACACUGACUCCAGGCGGGACCCCCCCUCCUCCUCCAGGUCCCCCCCCUCCUCCUGGAGCCCCCCUCCCUCCCCCGGCGCCUCCCCUUCCCGCCGGACUCUUCUGCCCUGCCGAGGAGCGUCCCGUCUCAGGACUGGCUGCCGCCCUCGCCGGAGCCAAACUGCGCAAAGUGCCAAGGAGUGACGAUGCAGGGGCUGCUCUGGCAGCAGCCAUGUUGGGGGCUGGAGGGGCCGCGGGAGCCAAAUCUGAAGCCAGAGGCAACGGCCUUCUGCCUGGAGGAGGAGGGCUUAUGGAGGAGAUGAGUGCCCUAUUGGCCAGAAGGAGAAGAAUUGCAGAGAAGGGCUCGUCACCUGAACCUGACCAGAGAUCAGAGGAGGGGGGCGAGAUCAACACAACCCCUAAAGUGUCAGCCUGUAGCACACCAGACAUGCCCAGGAAGCCAUGGGAAAGAACAAACACCAUGAAUGGUAGCAAAUCUCCAGUCAUCGGAAGACCUAAAUCCACUCCUACACCUACUGCAUCCUUAAGUGCCAACGGUGUGCCAACAGAAGCUGUUGACUAUGACAGAUUAAAACAGGACAUUUUGGAUGAGAUGAGGAAGGAGCUGUCAAAGCUAAAAGAAGAGCUCAUUGAUGCAAUCAGGGAGGAGCUGGGGAAGUCCAGCACGGCGUAGAGGAACCAAACUCCCUCUUCAAAACAUGGACAUCCACGUGACCCGACGGACAAACUCCCGGUCAAUUUAAGACAUGACAGAACGGAAAAUAAAAUCAACAAACGGUGAUGAUGACAAUAAUCAUAUUAAUACUGAGAGAGGACAUUAUUGGACAGAACAACAAUGGACAGGGAGGCUUGUAACUCUGAGAGCCUUCUGCCCCCGCCCCCUCCCACUGAGGGCAUCGCAUCCUGGAGGACAGUGUCUGAAACAGAAGCAAAUGUCUUUAUGCAAAGUAGAUUUCUCCCUCCUUGUCCUAUAACAACAAGAAAGAAAAAGAAACGCAAAACAAUCUUGAACUCUUCUAUGACUCUGUAUUAACUAUUGGCACAUAAGUGAACAGCAACGGUGAUGCUAAGAAUCAGAACUCUUGUGAUAUUAAAUGAAUGAAAAGGCACGUUUAAUUAAGAGAGUUGGGAGGCAGGAAGAAUGGGGGAUGGAAAAUAUCAACUUUUUUCCCAUAAUGCCAUAGGGGUAGGGUGUGUGUGUGUGUGUGUGUGUGUGUGUGUGAGAGUGUGUGUGUAUGGGGACUGACAGUCUCUGGUGAAGUCCACCACUGCAGGACACUGUAAAGCUUGUCUUCCUCAAAUACUAUUUUAACCUGAAUAUGUACAAAAGAGAGAAAAAGUUAUUUAGAAAAAAGCAUCUAUCCACCAUGUCUGUCGCCGUGUAGAUCUACGGCCAUAUCAAGUAGCUGAAUAAUCCAGUCUUUAAACAGGAUGCUCUCUCGUCUGUGGAAUCAUAAUCACAAGUGCUGUUGUCUCCCGUCAUGUCUUUGUCCAUGCUGUUGAGUGGCAGGUGGACGGACACAGAGGGCAGCUGCCAAUCACACGGCAGCCGUCAUAGCUCUCUACCAAACCUUCUCUGGCAACGCAAAGCGCUGAUUGGCUGAUACCUGUCAUGCUAGUUGACCAUGGUGACGUGACGUGUAGCUAGAACUGACUUUUCUUCCUGUACGUUUUGGUUUGAAGACUCUCUGGGUCUCUGUCAUGUUUGUCAUAUUUAGGUACUCUGCAUGCAUGGUUGUUUUCUCUAAACGCUGAGGGUCACAAGUCUGCCACGGAAUGACAUUAGCUGUCACAAGUUUUAUAACAAGCAAUAAGUGUAGCAUCUAUUUGGAGGCCCACCUGUCCCAGUCCUAACACCACCAAACAUGUCUCCAUGUCUGUCCGUCCCCAUUGGACAAUGUUACUGUGGGACACCUCGCCACUUCUCGUCAACUUUAUCGCAGAUAUUCUGUGACCCUGAAGGCUGACAGGACACAAUACCAGAGCAACACUGUAAGACAUGAUUUCAUGGAAUAGCAUCAUUUUUUAAGUCACAAUACUCUCCUUUUUGUUUUUGGUUCAUUUUCUAUUAAGUAUUCCAAGGAUACUGUGUCUUUUUACCCUUUAUUAUUAAGUGUUAUUAUUUUACUGCAUUUAUAAACUUAACCUUUUGGAAGGUGCACAGGAUAACCCAAAUGUGUGAGAGAUGGUGUCCAUAUGAGGACAUGAAUGUGCCAUUUACUAUUUCUAGUGCUUAAUGUUUCAUCUUCUUUUCUCCUGCCAAUGUCAAAUCAUUAACAUGAGAAACUGUAUUUCACAAAAAACUUUAUGUCACGUUAUUCUAAAAAACUUCAGUGCUGAGUUUGUUUCACUAAAAGUACAAUCAACUUGAGAGGGAUAUGUUGGAGCUGUAGCUAAUGUCUAUGUCCCACUCUGUCCUGGUAAGACUCUGCGGAUAUGUCUUUCUCCGUGGGCUUUACAGGACAAAAAUCUUUUGACUUUCCAAAGGAAUCCAAGGUGAUAGGAUAUCUUGAAUCGGUUUUCAAAUGAUGCUUUAUGUUUUAGCAUCUACGCCGUGUGGUAUCUUGAAUGUUCCAUGCAUUAUAAUUGAGAACUUAUAAGGCAAUACAGUGUGCAUGCUAUCACCACAGUUCACCCAUUUCAUAUUUAUUGCUUUUCAUAAAGUUGGGAGACUUGGCCUAUUUUGAAAAAGAAUGUUAACAAUCGAAUCAACAAUGGCUGAAAUAUCCUGACUUUUAGUCCUACAAUUCCCAUAAUUCAAUUCCAUAGCAUCUUUUCAUUUGACGCUCCCUGCCUGAUAAAUGAAGACAUCUUUCAAACGCCACACUCCCACUUUGUAAUGUUAAACGUGUAGUCUCCAAGCCUAGGCCGAGAUAACUCUGGUGACAUCACUAUGAUGUCAUCACGGUUAUUUUCUCAGACUCGACAAAGCCUAUCAAGAAGCACAGAAGACAUUAUACAACUGUUUUCACUGUGUGAUAGGAGAGCCCCUUUAUUAUGAUGGAGAGAAGCAGCUACCGCGAGCCAAAGGUUUGUUACUCAGUGGCUGUGUUCUAUGUAUAUGACGAUGUUCAAGGGCUCGGAUGUUUGAAGAUGAGAAGUCACAGAUUUGAGAAAGUUGCUCUCAUUUGCUUUGGAUUAGGUCAAGUUUGUUUAAUACUGUGAUGAGAAAAAUGAAUGGGUUAAUUAUGGUCAGGUCUGUUUCAUGCUCUCUCUCUCUCUGUCGAUAAAGUCGUUUCCUCUUCUCAUCCACUUUUCUAAAUGGAGACCCUGACCCAGCCAUGAGGGUCCCUGUCCUGAGUUUUUACAUCCACUGCACUUUAAGAGCAAACUCACAGAGCAAUCCAACAUGCUCUGACAACAUAGCCUCUGUCGCCAACAGUGUGGCUUCCUCACCAAAGGAUUCAACUAAACAUAAUCACUCUCAACAAAGUCGACUUUCUGAUUUUUGUAUCAUUUUGACGAGAAUAAGAUGUCUGUCUCUAUAUUCAGUCCGUGAUGGCAGGUGAAAUGUUGUGAUCAAGACAAACUCUUUGUGAUGCUGUGUGGUUUGUGCCUUGUUCCGAAGUUGCAUUUAAUAUGUCAAAGACAUAAAGAUGACUAGUAAUAAUAUCUAGGGACUGUCAUUAUGAUCUCAUGCAGUUUUUAUUAAGUUUGGCUUUGUUUUUUAUUUGAAGGGAGAAUUUAUUGACCUUGGUACUGUUCCCCGCAAAGAAAAUGUCUUUGCACCAAGAUCUUUGUUUUUUCGUGAUUUAUUUCCAUACAGCUGUGAGGUUGCUUUUCUAACAGCUCAGGAGUACAAUCAAGCGUUGAGAAAUGAGGCCUGGAAGGGUUCAAAGAUGAGCUUCGCUCUGACAUGAUUUUUCUAAACCUGAAGUCCAGAUGAGUCUGACUGUGUGUGUUCUGCAUCUCAGCUUUCUUUACACGCUUAGAAAUCUGUAGUGACGUCUGCCCCAUGCUGAUGUCAGAUUACUGAUGGAAACCUUUAUCUUUGUCCUUCAACACAGUUUUCUGCCGAGGGCACUGAUGCAUUUGGCUGAAGUGAGAUUCCAGAUUUAUUCUUUUCUCAUCUGCAUUGUACCAUACUGUUCUCAUGUUAGUUAGUCUUUUCUUACAUGCUAACAUUGAUUUGUUUGAGCAAAUUAAAUAAAAAUUGCAGUACAAGA